GCUAUAAAGCCACAUUUGCGGGAACCAGCGUCACCGCUGCACAGCAAUUAUAAGUGCUGGGAUUAGGUUAAUUAAAAUGAUCAGCUUUUGAUAGGUGCCUUUAUAACAUUGCUGCUCCACGUUAUCUUUUUUCCCUUUAUUUUGAUCGUGAGGUUUGGACGGGAAUUCUGGAGAGAAUCGAGCUGAUCAUGAAGUCGGAUAUUUACUGUUCUCUUGUGUUUUAAAGACAAAUACGACAUGCGUUUAUUGAGGGAAGGUAUUUUGGGAUGGAUUAUCAAAGGACAUGAUUUUUGACGCGUAUUCUUCAUUAAUAAACACUGAUAUGUUACCAAUUGCGUAAAUGGAAAUGCUUUUCUAAGAAAACCUGUUAUUUAAACAGACGAAAUAUCGUGUCGUUUAGCUUUCAUCUUGUGCCAUCUUCCUAGCCGGUUGUAAAAUGCUGUGACACUGAAGACACGCUGUUCCUCGAUAACAGUUUUUUCUCACAACACAGAAUGGGAAACAAAUAGCUCUCGUUUUCUCUCUUUCACGGUUGCGCGUUUCUCAUCUCAAGCGAUGGAAACAUUGUGAGGCUUCAGACUGUAACUGACGGACGCUUGCGAGAACUUGAGAAGCGGGAACAGCGACGGCAACAGUCUCGACACCACAGACAUACACGAAUGAAAAUGCAACGGGCUUUUCAAGUCGAUCGGAGCGUGAAGUCCGCGCGCCACGCUGGCUAGGAGGAGGUUUUGCGAGAGACAGCAAGCAUCUUGUUUCGACCCCCAUCCUGAAAUGAGGCAAAAUGUUGAUGUGUGACAGAGGAGUCCAGAUGCUGAUCACUACAGUGGGCGCUUUCGCCGCUUUCAGCCUGAUGACUAUCGCUGUGGGGACGGACUACUGGCUCUACUCGAGAGGAGUGUGCAGGGUCAAAAGUAAUAACGAGAACGAAACGAGCAGGAAAAACGAGGAAGUGAUGACCCAUUCAGGGCUGUGGAGAACCUGCUGUCUAGAAGGAACAUUUCGAGGUGUAUGUAAGAAGAUUGACCACUUUCCCGAAGAUGCAGAUUACGAACAGGAUGCAGCGGAAUAUUUGCUACGAGCUGUGAGAGCAUCUAGCAUCUUUCCCAUCAUGAGUGUUGGACUUCUAUUCAUGGGAGGUUUGUGUGUGGCUGCCAGUGAGUUUUACAGAAGCAGACACAACGUCAUUCUCAGUGCUGGAAUCUUCUUUGUCUCUGCUGGUCUAAGUAACAUCAUCGGAAUCAUCGUGUACAUAUCUGCCAAUUCGGGUGACCCUGGCCAGAGCGACUCGAAGAAGAGCUACUCGUACGGCUGGUCAUUCUAUUUUGGCGCCCUGUCCUUCAUCAUGGCCGAGAUGGUGGGCGUGCUCGCCGUUCACAUGUUCAUCGAAAAGCACCGGAAGCUGCGUGCCAAGUCCCGCACUGAGCUGAUCAAGAAGUCGGCCUUCAGUCGCAUCCCCAGCUAUAGGUACCGGUUCCGCAGGCGCUCCAGCUGCCGCUCCAGCGAGCCGGCCUCCCGUGACGCUUCGCCCAUGGGCAAGAGCGGGUACACGGGACCCGCAGCGGCAGACAUCUCGAUGUACACCCUUUCCAGGGAUCCUUCCAAGGCUGCAAUGGGUGCCUUGCUCAACUCUGAGAGGGAGUUUUUGCAGGCUCACAACUCCAACGCCAAGGACUUCAAAGACGCGGCCAACAGGAGGACCACUCCAGUCUGAACGAGACGAAGAUGUCGGGAAUCUACAAAUAAGCACAGAGGAAGUGCCACGGCCGAGACGUUAAAACUAGUUGGCCCGGCAGGAAGAAUUCACUGAAGGCCUGCAGGGCUUUAACCCCGCUUUCUAUAACAGUAUAUAUAAAUAUAGAUGGUAAUUGUUAGAUCAUUGGUGCUUCCUUUUAAUCCUCAUUUCAGUCAACGUUUCUGUCCUUUCACACAGAAUCUAGUCACACACCUCCCUCCCCCUAAGGGCUACUCGAGUAGAAUGCCAGUCCUCUUUUCAAUGUAAUUUGUUCGAGUACUGCAAUUGGAAUUGCUGAAAUGCUCAAGGUAGCCCAGUGAAACUGUGAAGCCCUAUAAGGGGGAGGAUUGUAAUGAUUUUGACAGAUGAACCGAAAGGCUGUCCCACUAUUCGCCUUACGCACAGCUCAGUAGCCCAUAGCUGGUGAGUGCCUCUUCACACUCACAAGAUUGUACACAUUGUUGGUUUCUCUCUUGGGUUGGACAUUGAGCCUGCACCUAGUGCCACUUGUUGCCAAUUCACACGCCAUGUUUGACCAUGGGCCCCCAUCACCCCUAUUCAUCCCACCUGCAGGGGGCGAUGCUGCCUCGGCCUCCACUGUUCUUUAGUCCCAUGAGCUAGUUCAUUGGGCUCUGCAUGCUUUUCACACCAGCCGUUUCCCAAUUCGCAUACUGUGUGUCCUAAAUUGUAUUUGAAACAAGAAUUAGAAUGUCACCAAUUACAUUAUGUUGAAAUUAGUUUUUCUAUUGUCUACUGCUCUUGGUUAAAAUGCAAAGUGCCGAUCCAUGAACACUCAAGCCAAACUCACUGUGAGAGGGAAGACAUAAUAUCAGUAAACAUUACAUGAAGAAAUGCUUAAAUGCACUAAAAACCACAUGCUGCCCAUCACAAAAACAUUACUAUUAGGGCAAGUAUGUGAAUUGGGAUGCAGCAUAUUUAUUUUUUUAAGUUUAGUCCCAUUCUUCCCAUUCCAAACAUCCCCUGCAUAAACUUUUAUAACAGGGUUUAAAUGCUUGCUAUUAAAUAUAAUCUUUUAGCCCACCAAAGGUUUUGGUAUUACAUUUGUUUUAUUGAGAUUUUAAAAAUGUAGUUUACUGUGAUUUACAAUGAGAUUUACAGCCUCUUCGGUUAGAGGUUCAUUUGAGGCCCUUGUUUCAGAUGAUAACUCAUAGUCUUAUUAAUAUGGAUAUUGUUGUCAUUAUUACUGUAGAUUUUUCAUCUAUCAGCAGUGUAAUAGCUGGUGGUGGCCAAAUGUGGAUUUCCUAUUUGUGUAUAGUUCAACUAUUUUUAGAAACAAGCAGGAAGUGUUCAUACAAUUGCCAAAAAGCAGGGCAUCAAGGGUUUAUAAAAACAGGCGUAACGAAAACAAAGAGAAAUAACUGCCAUGUGCUUCUGUUCUUUGUUGAUGAAUCAGAGCAAUGAUAGCACUAUUCACAUAUUAGAUAACGCUCUUAUGGGCUGACGGGACUUUAGGGUCCCAAUUUCAACACAAAAUGAAUUUCACUAAUGAAUAUCAUACAAAACCAGUAGAGGACUAUAUGGUAGUAAGUAAACUCUUAUAUACUUUUCAUUCUAAAUUAAUGGUAUAUCAACAGUUACAAAAAAAACGUAAAAAAACUAAACAUAAAUAUAUACACAACUUUAGUUGCUUAGUUAUCAUCAUCAGCAUCAUACUGAUUAAUAUAAACUCCAAGGGCUUUUGGUUUUAACAAUCAUACAAGGGCUUUAAAGAUGUUUAGCCAACAUAGAAAUAAACAGAUUUGCCCUUAAAAUAUUUAAAUAGCAAAACAUUUGCGUAUCUAGCCAUAUUCAUGUAUGCAAAACAUCUAAAUGUAAUGAUAUAUUGUAUGCAGUAAGUUUUUCUUUGCAUAUUUUUCCAUUGCUAAUCCCCAUGUCAAUUAAGUAGAAAUGGACGUAGACUUUUUAACCAUGGACAUCUAUAACAAUGUAGUUUUUCAGAUGUUCACCUCAUUUCAGAACCCCUAAGAUUGUACAUGCAUGUACUUUAGCCUCCAAAUUCACGCUAGCCAGUCUCCCAUCUGCAGUUUAAUUCAUUCAGCUUACAUAAAUCCAGAUAUCGAUCAGCCGCCUCGCUGGGAAUAUAACUGUAAAUGUUGCCUUUGUUUGGAUCCAUGUUGUGACGUUGUGCUUUUCGGGGUCUAAAACGAAACGUUUCACAUUUGAAGGAGUUACACCGGUGUGAGUUGAACAGUUUUACCCUUCAGCUCUCAGAGCACCUAGUGCCUGUCUCUUCUGCCUCCUCCGAACGCCCAUCUUCGGGCCUCUCUCUCUAUUUCGCUCGCUUGCUCCUUCAUCUCCAUAUCACAGCCUUGCAUCAACUCCUCUUUAACAGGACUGUUAUUCCUCAGCCAGUCACAUCCAUACAGUCUUUGGCACUGUCACUCACCACGUAGGCCUGCGACAUUGUGUACGUGACCUCUCAACAAAAACAGCAGUUUCAGCUUGAUACAUGCUGUAGAAAAAAAGCACACCUUUUAAAUACAGUAGUUUACAUCUAUAAAGAUAAUAGUUAGAAAGAUAUUUAAAAAUUUAGGAAAAUAAAGUCAGUUUUAAGAAUGCCAACGAUGCACGUCUGUGUCUGUACUUCUUCCCAGAGUGUUUGCAAAUGAGCUGCCACAUUUAGAGGAAUUCAGGAAAUUUGAAAUGAAGCCAAUGGGAAAUCACAGCCAAAAUGUUUUGUUCCAAAAUGAAGAAUUUCAAUGUCCACCAUUGUUAAAUGGAAGUGUAUGAAGUCAACAUGAAAUUAAAAUUGACCCAAUUUGCUUAAUGUUUGUUCUUGGACUUAUUGUACAUCAUCCAUUGGUGAAUGUAAUAAAUAUAGAUGUUUUCAUUA